AUGGAGGAAGAAGACUCGCUUGUGCGGCGCCGCUCAAGGCGUAGCACCGCUGGGAAUAGGAUGGAGGCGGCUCUGGCUGAGAUGCACGCGGCUGGCCUUGAAGAAGUCGAAGAUGAUGUCGACUUUGAGCUCGCAGCUGAUGAGCAAGACGUCUUCGGCUCCGACUUCGAGAGCACCGACGAGGAAGAACAAGGCGAACCAGCCGAAGUCGCCGAACGCGCUGCACGCGAUGACGAACGAAGACAACGUAAGACUGUAAGAUCUAGGGUGGAGAAAGCCACAGCCGCUGCGGCCGCCCGGCAACGCGUAACUUUCAACCCGACCGCACAUGAAGACACCUCCGCGCGUGAGCCACCGAAGCAGAAACGACGGGUCUCUCUCGGUGUAGCGAUCGAUGCUGCUACCGGCGAAGUCGUACCGCCUUCACCUGCCUCACCAUCAGCCGCGCAGCCACUUCAGAAACGGCAGAGUGGGCGUUCACUUGCUCAGCAGGCGCGUACAGCGUCUCUCAAACGCUUGGCAUCCGAGGAAGAGCGCGCGCGCGUUGCGCCGCGCCGACGAUCUAUCGUGAAAGUGAAGGCGCCCACUCAAGCCGAGUUGCUCGCGCAAGCGUUGGAUGCAGAGGAGGGUAACACUGCUGCUCAUCGAGAUUACCUUGCACUGGAGGCAGAGAAGCGAAAGAAGGCACACGUCGUUAGGCCAACUGUGAGCGGUCCGCUAGUUAGAUGGGUGUCGAAAAGAGAGGAGGUGCAUGUUCCCGUGGAAGAGUCGCCGCCGCAGGCUGGCCCCUCUACUGGCCCUGUACCCGGUACUCCGAGCACCAAGCCUAUCGCCAAAUUUGAAACCGUUGCACGACAAUACGUCGUGCACGAGAUCACACAAGAUACCAAUGCACCACCUCCAUCAUGGGUCUCCCAGAUGCGCGCGCUCUUCGGCACCCACUUCGAUUGGGAGAACGCGAAGGUAUACGCCGACGCGGAGAAUCGGCCUAUGUCAAGAUACGUUCCUCCAUGCGCUGUCACUGGUCUUCCGGCGAAAUAUCGUGACCCACGAACGGGCGCCCCGUAUGCGACUAUCGAGGCGUUCGAUGUGCUCACCAAGGUACUCGACGACGAAUAUACAUGGAGCACUGUGCUCGGCCGCCAUAUAACCGUUUCACAGUCACUCCUCCCAGAAGACCUCGAGCCGUCUAUCCGCGAGGGUCGUAGCCGUCGCGCUCGUCUCGCAGCCGCCGAUCCCACGGUCGACAGCGGGAAAGGCAAAGCGCCAGAGAUCAAGCAGGAACUUGUUCCCGUACCAGUCGAGCCACCGAAGAAGCGCGGUCCAGGACGGCCACGCAAGCAUCCUCUUCCGGCUCCCAAACCAGAGCCGGUCGAAGGCGCUCAUGUGUUCGAGCCGCCCAAGGUUAAGCGCGGUCCUGGGCGUCCGAGGAAGGUCGUGAAGCCUGUUGUUACAGACGAGCCGGAGAUUGUCCGGAUUGGAUGGUGA